AUGGAAUCUAAAAAUUCUGCUGAAUUUCCUUCCCUCUUUUUAACUGAUAUAUCCUCAUAUAGCGAUGAUGACAAAGAAAAUAAAAAAAAAAAAGCGGGUAAAAAGUUUUCAAAAAAAAGUUUAGAAAAAUUGGGGAUUCCAUCAUUAUUUUCUAAUGAAAUACCAUUUGCUUCAACCUCAUCAUAUUCUCUAAAAGAUGAGUUAAAAUCAAAAUUAUUGAAAUUAAAAGUUCAUUCAAACAAAAAUCACUUAACCAAUGAUAACAUAUCACAAAAUCAAGAAUUAGAUGAUUCAAUUAUUUGUAUCGAUACUGGAGAAUGUAAGAAACCUUCCAAAAAGAAUACUACAUUAAAUAAGCAAGAUCAAAUUAUGGAAGUAAACACAACAGUAAAAGAGAAUAAUGCCCCAUCUGAUUCACUUGAUAAUAAUAGUGAUAAUACAAGUAUUACCUAUCCUAAAACGUCUACACAAUUGGCUCCUGAACGUCCACCUUCUUUUUCAGUAUCAGAGAUCAGUGAUGCGAAUACUGAGACAUCUUCAGAUACCUUUGAAAGCAAAAUUUUGUCAUCUGGAUUUAUAUCAGUUUAUAAACAACAAGCAUCUUUACCUCUUAAAGAGUAUAAAGAAAUUGAUGAAAAUAAAACAAUCAAAGCUAUUAGAAAUAAAGCAUGUCGUAGUACAUUACAGGGACAUGAUUGUGAAUGUUGUUCUGGAUACUACAAUGCAUUGCAAUUAAAGACACCUGAGAAAAUUCAACGUAUCAAUGAGGUUAGUCGUCAUAGGGGUAUUAAUUUUAGAAAGGAAAAAACACCAGAAGGCUACUGGGAUAAAAGUUUUUUAGAAAAAAGUGAACAAAGAAAAAGAGGACUUUUUAUUGAAUCUAAUUCACCAAUUUUAAUUAAAAAAUAUAGAAAAAAAUUUAAAUUUGGUGAGGAAGUUAAUGAAGCUAAUGAAACUAAAUAG